GGGCCUCCACCGCUUUCAGUCCGACCUCUAAAACCACCACCCAUCUCGUGUUCCUGAGCCUCCCCCUUCCUCCUUCUUUUCUUCGAUUUACUGUUCCUGGGCUAAAAUCUGGGCUAUUCACAUCCAACAAUUGCGUCAUUUCAUUUCUGAUCCUCACCACGUCUUUAAAUCUCCCGUUCUUCCUCACCAAUACCCCGCAUCACCCAUUCCAAACAACUACUACCUGACCUACUAUUCGGAGCUCCGGUAGCACCCAACAUUUACUUACCCACCUUACCUUGCCUACCUCCAUACACUCCAAUCCCCGUCGGUACCUUGCAAAUAUAAACACCGCCACCCAAAAUGGAGAACCACGACAGGGCAAUCCUAGAGGCUUCGGCCAAGCACCCGAUCGUGCCCCUUGAGAAGGGCAGGUUCUACACUUAUGGCACCGCCGGGUUCCGCAUGAAGGCCGAUCUGCUCGAGGGUAUUUCGUUCCGUGUCGGUCUUCUCGCCUCUCUUCGGAGCCGCAAGCUUAACGGGCAGGCCAUCGGUGUUAUGAUCACUGCCAGCCACAACCCGGCCGUCGACAACGGCGUCAAGAUUGUCGAUCCCCUAGGCGACAUGCUCGAGCAGGAUUGGGAACGUUACGCUACCGCCCUGGUCAACGCCCCAAGCGACGAGCAGCUCGUUGAGGUCUACAACAGACUGGCUACGGACCUCAAGAUCGAUCUCAAGGCUUCCGCCAAGGUCGUCUACGGUCGCGACACGAGACCCUCGGGCCACAAGCUGGUGACGGCCCUCGCAGGCGGUCUCGAGUCUACUAAGGCCGAAUAUGUCGACUACAAGAUCCUCACCACGCCCCAGCUGCACUACCUCGUGCGGGCCACCAACAGCGAGGGCACACCGUUGUCAUAUGGCAAGGUCAGCGAGCUUGGAUACUACGAGAAGAUUGCCGAGGCCUUCGUGCGUGCCAUGAAGGGCAGGAGGAUCAAUGGGACUCUGCAGGUGGACUGUGCCAACGGUGUUGGCGGUCCCAAGCUGUCUGAGUUCCUCAAGCACAUCCCUAAGGACAAGGUCAACUUUGAUGUCAAGGUUGUCAACGACGAUGUCCUCCGGCCCGAACUGCUCAACCUCGACUGCGGUGCCGAUUUCGUAAAAACGAAGCAGAGGGCUCCUCCCACCCCCAAGCCCCAGCCUGGCGUCAGGUGCUGCUCCCUGGAUGGUGACGCUGACCGCUUGAUCUACUACUGGCUGGAUCCUGAGGGCGGGUUCGUCAUGCUGGAUGGCGACCGCAUCUCGUCGCUUGCCGCCUCCUUCAUCGGCGACCUCGUCGAGAGCGCCGGUCUCAAGGACGAACUGCGCAUCGGUGUCGUGCAGACAGCCUAUGCCAACGGCGCCAGCACGAAUUACAUCACCCAGCACCUGAAGUUGCCCGUCAUCUGCACGCCGACUGGCGUGAAGCACCUCCACCAUGUGGCUCAGGGAUUCGAUAUUGGAGUGUACUUUGAGGCCAACGGCCACGGCACGGUCCUCUUCUCCCCGGACGCCCUCAGCUCUUUCAAGAACAAGGAGCCACAAUCGCCCGCCCAAAAAGACGCACUUGACACCUUGGCCGCCCUGGGCGAUCUGAUCAACCAGACCGUCGGCGAUGCCAUCUCGGAUGCGCUCAUGGUCGAAGUUAUCCUCGCCCACAAGAACUGGACCCUCCGCGACUGGGCCAUGACAUAUGCCGACCUCCCCAACCGCCUUGUGCGCGUCGAGGUGGGCAACAAGGACCUGUUUCAGACGACCGACGCCGAACGGCGCCUGUCGCACCCGGAGGGCGCCCAGGACGAGAUCGACCAGGCCGUCAAGAAGUACAAGGACGCGCGCUCCUUCGCCCGCGCCAGCGGCACCGAGAACGCCUGCCGCGUCUACGCCGAAGCCGCCAGCCGCUCCGAGGCCAACGAGCUCGCCGAGCGCGUCGCCAGGAUCAUUGAGCGCUACGGGACCCUCUAGGUCCGGGACCGAGCCGUUUCAUCAUCGUCGCUGGAGCCGCGCCCCAUCACUACCACCACCACCCUCUCAGCGCUCCACAUCGAUUUACUAACCGCGAACAACGGGCACCCCAACACCGGCCGAAACUACAACUACAACUACAACCGCAACCGCAGCGUCUCGUUGUUCUCCCAGCUGCAACCGGCCCCGCACCACCAACACCCGCGGUUCGACCCGCUCGGCAGAUACACCACCACCACCACUACUACUACUACUAGCACGGAUACUUUUGUGUUUGAGAUGGAGGAGGACAUCCAGGAGAGGGAGCGCCUGCGCCUCGCCGGCGUCGUGCCCAAGUACAAUGCCCCCUGCAGCAGCUGCAGCAGCGGGGAGACGACGCCGGACGUGGGCUCCUCGCCGUCGGAUCCGUUUCUGGGGCCUUGGCAUUCGAGGAUGAAGGAGGCGGGGCUGGAGCCUAGGGAAGGAGAGGGGGAAAAGGUUGAG